ACAGCAAAUACAUAUGUGGAGUUUCAAAAGCGAAAUAGAUUGUUAAUACUUGCUCCAUAAAAUUUGAAUUUAUAAAUGGAAAUUAGUUGAUUUUGUAUUUAUUCAAUUAUGGAUUAGAUCUUCACUGUUAACCAUUUUAAUCGAUUACUGAUUUACCAUUUUUCAAUUUUCCUUUAUGAAUUUAAACUUAAAUUAAGUGUCUUAUUUUUGUAAUGGUGGAAUUUGACUGGAGUAAUUUUUUGGAAGCCAACAAAUUUAUUGCUGUGCCUGAGGAACUAUUUUCUCAUGUGGAAGCCAGUCUCAACAAUGGCAUUAAACAAGGCAUGCUCCUGGAGGUAUGCCACAAAACCAAUCCAGACAUAUACUGGAUCGCCAAAAUCACCAUGGUCUGUGGACACCUCCUCAGGAUUAAGUUCAUUGGUGCAGACAGCGACUUCUGGUGUGAUAUAUCUGAUACCAAGGUCCAUCCCCUCGGCUGGUGUGGGAAGUAUGAUGAGCUAAUAGAACCCCCGGAUGAUAUAAAUGAAAAGUAUGGGGAUACUAUCAUAGAUAUUAUGAAGAAAGUUCUUAUGGGUGGGCAGUCGGUGUGUAUAGAAGCUUUGAAUAAUAAGGGCUUGUCUCCAAUUGAUAGAAUCAUACCAGGAAUGAAGGUGGAAGUGCAGAAUAUUCUGGAUCCUUAUAGAUAUUGGAUUGCAUCGGUGUCUGAAAAUGUCGGUGGACGGCUUCUGCUACAUUAUGACGGUGCUGAUGAUGACCAACAAAACUUCUGGAUAUUCUUUUCGAAUCAGCGCUUAUGUAAUUUUGGUUUCGUGACCAAUAAGGGUUCACCAUGGCAAUUUAAGUAUCCAGGAAAAGUGAACAAAUUCUCAUGCAAGAACAAGCUGAGUACUCAGUUGAGACAGAGUGCUGAAGAGUCUAUAAAGGAGCCGACACCUGCUGAUUUAUUUCAGCCUACUCCCAGUCUAGAAGUACACAACUUUGUUACUGGGAUGAAAUUGGAAGCUCUCAGCCCCCUGGAUAUGAAAACAAUACGGCCAGCUACUGUUGGCAAAGUGUUCAACAACUUUCACUUCCUAGUAAUCAUUGAUGAUCAUCUUGAAGAUUAUGAAGAAACAAAAAUGGCCUGGCUCUGUGAUUCUAUGCAUCCAUACAUUUAUCCUAUAGGCUGGGCUGAGAAGAAUGGCAUUCCUUUAAAAAUACCUAAAGUCUGGAAAGAAGGAUCUUUUGAUUGGGAUGAUUACCUAGCUAUGACAUCAUCAGUGCCAGCUCCAGAUUACUGCUUUGGAAAAAAAUCACUACUGAAAGGAAUCAAAGUGAGCAUGAUGCUGGAAGCUGUUAAUCCAUUAAAUCAUGAAGAAAUACAUGUAGCCACAGUUGAAUCUAUAGUAGAACAUAUGGUGUGUGUACAACUCCUGCCUAUAGGCGAGAAGGUGUGGUAUGCACAAAACAGCGACCUUCUCUUUCCUGUAGGUUGGUGUGAUAGUAACAAUUACGAGCUUCAUAUACCUGAUACAUCUAUCAACAAGGAACCAACCAAACCAGUAGAGGAAGUAAGAACUAUCAAAGAUGAUCUGAAAUCAUCAGAGGAGUGGUGCGAUAGAAUCUUCUUCAAUUAUAAAUGUUAUGCUGGUCCAUCAAUAAGUAAAAACAAACUAUCUCAAUUGCCAAAACAUGUUGGCCCAGGGCCUUUGUCUUUGGUUUUGAAAGAAGUACUAAAUAAAAUUAUAUCAGCGUCCUAUAAGCCAGCAAAAUUGCUUAAAGACUGGGAGACGGAGGAUACUCCCGAAGAAGGCAUGAGGCUGGAAAUGUUGAGAGCUAAAUUAAAAACUUUUACUUACCAUGCAUACGUUCCGAUAGCAAAGACGGCAGACCAAGUUCUAUCGUUUUGCCGGGAAAUGUGUACUAAGAUGCAGGCAUGCCCUUGUCUGUUUGGACCAGUGGAAUACCCUGAGCAGUGUCCACAGCACUGUCAACAAGUUGACAAAUCCAUAUUUCAUAAUAGUACUGAGCGACGAGGUAGACCGAAGGGCGCUUUUAGCAGUAAGAAAAAGAAGAAGAAGACUACACCAGAAAAGAGAGAAAAGGAACAACAAAUGACCCAAGAUGUUGAAAGUGAACAUAGUGCUGGUUCCACACCACCCUCCGAGUCAGGAACCAGACCAAAUUCACCAGAGAGUGGAAAUGAAUAUAAGAGAAACCAGCGGAAAAGGCGGGAACCUAAAAAUACAUAUCCUAAAAUGGAAAUGAAAACAAGAGGCGCGAAGCUACCAAAUUUUGCAUUACAGAUAAAAGAGGCUCAUUGGAAUAAAAAAGAUGUACAGACAAUUUACAACAAUUCGUGUGUAACAAAAAAACAAAACUCGCCAGAUAGUGAUACAGAAAAUGAUACUAACGAAAGCAGUUCUAAUUCAAGAGAUGCUAAAAAUAUUUCAGAUGUAUCCGAUUCUGAAGAACCAGAGUUGAAAAAAUUAAAAUUUACCUCAUAUGAUCCUCUGCCAUCAGAUAAUAAAAUGUUUGAAAAAGAUACAUCACUACCUUGGGUGAGAGAUAAACUUAAACUUUCUCCAAAUCCAUUGCACUGGUCUGUAGAUGAUGUUUACUCAUAUUUAAUGAAUACAGACGAUUGUAAACUAAUAGCUGAUAGAAUAAAGGAAGAGGAAAUUGAUGGGGAAGCCUUUAUAAUGCUUGAUUUACCGAUCAUACGAGACUUUUUACAUAUGAAAAAAGAAUUUGCAUUGCAGUUGUGCAAACAUAUUACAAUGAUUAGAUGGUAUUAUAUAGUGAAUUUUGAAGAAAAUGUGAAUGAAUGA